AUGUCUGGAGCUGGAGUUGGAUUUGGGCGUGUGCUCGUGCCAAUAUGCCUGCUCCUGGUCCAGUUGGAUUAUACCUUAGGCUAUAAUACGACAAGUGCGCACUGUUUGCCCGUGCUGGUGGCCACGAAUAAGAUGGUGAAGAAGCUAGUGACUCACACUCUGUUGGAUACAACUGGAUCGAUGCGUUACCGAGAGCCGCAGGAAGAUUUCUAUGUUACAGUGAUUGAAACUUCAAACAAGUGCAAGCCCACUUGUGAGCCCAAAUGCGGUCUUUAUGCGGAUUGUGUGGGCGAUGAGAAACCCGAAUGCGUUUGCCGCGCCGGUUUCCAAAUUGAGCCAAAUAAUAACGAAACGCUUUGCAGGCCACAGUGCGAAAGGAAUUGUGGCAGCCACACCAUUUGCCACAAGCCAGGUGAAUGCACGUGCUUGAAUGGCUAUCAGAGAUCCAAGCUGAAUGCCACCAACUGUGAGCCCGUUUGUCAUGCGGAGUGUGGACGAUUCCAAUACUGUGCUCGACCGGAUCAGUGUGAAUGCGUUGUGGGCUAUACCAGGGAUGCAUUGGGUCUGUGCAGUCCCCGCUGUGCAUCAUGUAAUGCCAACGAGCACUGCACGAAGCCAGAACAAUGCGAUUGCAAGCCAGGCUACGAGCGCGUUGAGGACAUAUGCCAGCCACAUUGCUCGAUGCCUUGUCGACUCAACAGGUACUGUGCCCAGCCGGAUAUGUGUUUGUGCAAGGAGGGCUACGUGGAGAAUGAGCUGGGCGUUUGUCAGCCACAAUGUCAGACGGAGUGCGGCGCGCAUGAGCAUUGUAUUCUGCCAGGUCAGUGCGAAUGCAAGCCUGGUUAUCAGCGAACUGAAACAGGCAUCUGUGAGCCGCAAUGCUCCAUGCCUUGUCGGCUCAACAGGUAUUGUGCUCUGCCCGACAUGUGUCUAUGCAAGGAGGGCUACGUGGAGAAUGAGCUCGGCGUUUGCCAGCCACAAUGUCAGACGGAGUGCGGCGCGCACGAGCAUUGCAUUCAACCAGACCGUUGUGAAUGCCAGCCAGGCUAUCAGCGAACUGAAACGGGCAUCUGUGAGCCGCAUUGCUCGAAGCCUUGUCGCCUCAACAUGCACUGUGCCCAGCCGGAUAUGUGUUUGUGCAAGGAGGGCUACGUGGAGAAUGAGCUUGGCGUUUGCCAGCCACAAUGUCAGACGGAGUGCGGCGCGCAUGAGCAUUGCAUUCAACCAGACCGUUGUGAAUGCCAGCCAGGCUAUCAGCGAACUGAAACGGGCAUCUGUGAGCCGCAUUGCUCGAAGCCUUGUCGCCUCAACAUGCACUGUGCCCAGCCGAACGUGUGUUUGUGCAAGGAGGGCUACGUGGAGAAUGAGCUGGGCGUUUGCCAGCCACAAUGUCAGACGGAGUGCGGCGCGCACGAGCAUUGCAUUCAACCAGAACGUUGUGAAUGCAUUGAGAGUUAUCGUAGAGAUGAGCAAGGCGUCUGUCAGCCCAUCUGCAAGGCAGAUUGUGGAGAACAUGGCUAUUGCAGCGAGCCAGACAAAUGCGGCUGCCAGACAGGCUAUCAGCUGUCCGAGCUGCAGGCCAAGUGCCUGCCCAUCUGUGUGGCUUGUGGCAAUAACACGCAGUGCUCUAGUCCAGGCAAAUGUACCUGUCAGACGGGCUUUCAGCGCAAGAGUGCAGAAAGUGUAGAUUGUGAGCCACACUGUUCAACAGGCUGCUUGGCCAACAGCUACUGCAGCAAGCCCGAAAAGUGUGAAUGCCUGAAUGGCUAUGCAGAGGAUGCGAUGGGCAAAUGCUCGCCCGUCUGUGCGCCGGAGUGUGAAGCGCACAGCAUUUGCAUAGGUCCCGGCAAGUGUGCUUGCCGGCCUGGCUAUACGGGCGUGGGCAACCGCUGCAUGCCCCUUUGCAGCAGCCAAUGUGGCGACAACAGCUACUGUGCCCAGCCCGAGCAAUGCGCAUGCAUUGCCGGCUACAAGCCAAGCGAUGAGCUCAAUCGCAACUGCUCACAUACGAAGGCCACAAUUACCAUCAUCAUGUUAUCAGUUGCAGUUGCUUUAGCGAUCAUCAGCUUGGUCUCAUGCAUUGUCUUGGCCUGCAAAAGGCGCAACAAGGAGCCCGUUUUUGAAAUGCAAUCAGACAAUAAUGUUCUGCCCAUGCAGUGUCUGGAUCUAGAUAAAUACGAUACGAGCUUGGAAGGCAUCACCAACGCAUCCUAUGCGCAAUAA